AUGCGGUUGAUGCUGGCCAGAACCCUUACCCUCGCCAGUCCCUUGCCCCCCUCCCCCCACCCCGCCCACACCUCCCGCCCACUGCCCACCACCUACAUCAUAUGCCCACACUGCCCUCACCCACACCUCCCGCCCACACCCAUAUCUCCCAUGCACACCUCCCACCCACAUCCUGGCCCCGCCCACACCCUGCCCCCGCCCACAUCUCCCACCCAUACCCUGCCCCCGCCCACACCUCCCGCCUACACCUCCCACCCACACCCUGCCCCCGCCCACACCUCCCGCCCACGCCCUGCCUCCGCCCAGCCCCCGCCCACACCUCCCACCUACACCCUGCCCCCGCCCACACCUCCCGCCCACGCCCACUGCAGUUCAAGGCCGCCCCCCAACGCCCUCAUGUCGUUAAAGAAAAUUUUCGUCAUCGACGUCGUUAUCAGGCAGAGAUACAAGAAUUAA